GGGUCGUGCGCCUACGUGGUUCGCUUAGAUACGGCGAGGACGCUUCUGCGCGCAGGGAGUUCGACGCGAGCCAUUCUACAGCUGGCCUCGCGAGCGACAGUCGCACGGGGCGACGUGGACUGUUGACGGUUACGACUGAGGCGGCUGGAGGGAGGCGAAGACGGCGGCGUCGGGGUCGGCGGCGGCGGCAGCGGCAGCGGCGUCGGCGGCAGCGGUCCGGUUAUCUCAGUGGAUCCCAGAGUAGAGACGUAACGGUUCCUGAGGAAACGGUCCCCGACUCAGUUGUUUGAGGGUGAAUCUUUACUGUAGCCUCCAAAGUGUCUUAAAGGUGCUUGUGUUCCCUGGUUAGGAUGCCAUAACUUCGUUUUGGUCAACUGUGAAGAAGUGAAUUGUGGCUUCUCCAAUCUUUCUUCCCUUGAUCACAUUUUCAGCACGAGGUGGUCUGAGGACACCAUGACAAUCACAGUGGUGUAUGAUAACUCUGAGGCAACAGAGCUCUGUGCAGCUCAGCACCUCUACCUCAAGCCCAUAGCAAAAUUGAUGAUCAACAUAUUGGUCCCAGGGAGUCUAGAACCUAUGAAGCCCUUCUCUAACUGGGAAGUUCUUGACCUGCUGAAGAGCCUGAUUUUCCCUGACCAGUUCACCACGGAUCGGCUCUCCAAGAGAACAAGGGACUUCAUCGAAUUUGAGAGUGAGGUUGAAACCCGAAGUUUGGUUCAGAUCCUGAAGGCAAAGUUACGUGGGAAGAUCAUCAAGCUAAAUGGUUUUUAAAAAGACUUAAAAAUAGUGGCUAUAGAUGCCCAGGGAGAGUGGGAGCACUUCCCCAGGGAAAAAGAGGCCUUGUUGAGUGACGGCGCUGAAGAGCAGGACAAUGAGAAGAGCCCAGAUUCCAUAUAUUUUGAAGGCUUGCCCUGUAAAUGGUUUGUACCUAAAGAUUCUAGCGAGGAGAAGCCAUGUGAAGAGAUCCUUCAGGUAGUCUUUGAAAGUUUUGGGAACAUCAAGAAUGUGGAUAUCCCUGUGCUUGACUUCUACAGAGAAGUGAUGACUGAUGGGAGAUUUGGGGGUUUUAGCUUUGGCUUGCAGACAUUUGAGGCCUUCAUACAGUACCAAGAGGCAACUGACUUUGUAAAAGCCAUGGAGUCCCUUCGAGGAAUGAAACUGAUGCUUAAAAGAGAUGAUGGGAAAGCUCUGGCAUGUAACAUUAAGGUUACGUCUGAUACGACCAAGCACUUCAGUGAAGGACCUAUAAGGAGGAGAAGUCAGGAAAGGCUAAAAUUUCAAGAACAAGAAGAAGAAAGGAAAAAAGAAAAGAGAAGAAGAAGUAGCUGAAAGAAAAAAGGUGAUUGGCAAUGGAAACAGAAGCCCAAAACCAAAGCUGAAGCACCUCAAGAGCCAGACUCUUCGGAGGAGUGGGAGGAGAGGAAGUACCUAGUGGCUCAGAGGGAUCCACACAGUUUAACCCACAGGAGGUAGACGACAUAGGCACCAAAACUAAUGAUUCUCCAGUGAACACACUGAAAACUCUGGAGGAAGAACAGCUAAACACUCUGCAUCUUCAAAAUCAGGAGGAAAUAUCAAAAUACCAGGUUGCCAAGUCAGACAAUAAACAAAAACAAAAAAUGAAGAAAAUAACUAGGGAUCACUUACAUAAAUCUUCCCACUGCCUUAGGGAAGAAAAUUUAAGGUGUUCACCUAGAGAACAGAGAACUGGAACAUUAUUAGGUGAUGAUGAAUAUGAAUACAGUUUGUUUUUUGAGCGUAACUCCUUGGAGAUUACAAUAAUUAAAGGUCAGUCUCUUGAAAAUAAGGACCACCACGGUUCUAGUGAAUCUGGUUCCAGAUUAUCUGGGAGAGGCCAUGGCAGAAAACUUAAGAUCUAUGAAACAGAUGCAUUUUUUGACUAUCUUUUCAAUUAUUAUGAAGCUCCACAAUAUACUCGUAUCUGCCUAGAAACAAGUCCUGCAGCAGGCACACGUCAGUGGCAGAGGGAUGUCCAGGCUAAGGGAGAUGGAUUUCAGAUUAGUUUGAGAAAGUGUAGGCACCGCUCAAUCAAUUCAAGCCAAGUGGAAAACCUGGAAAGGGAAAAACAGGUUCAAGAAGAUGAUUACUCAUCAAAGAUUUGUACUCAGGAUCGUGAGCAUAAACAAGGAAAUGUGGAUUAUGCUAGAGAAUGUGCUAAUGGGUUUAAUACUCAUUACCAGGAGACAGCCCAUGAAGCUGGUGAUCAGCUGUCCCCAACUGAUGGAAACAGCUGUCUGUUAGAAAAGACUCAAACUUACCAUAUUGAAGAUUCCAAAUCCACAAGGAAAAGCCAAGUGUCUCCACCCCAGAGGUCAACAGGCUUAGGUUUACAGUUGACAGAUUUCUUAGAGGAUAUUAGUAGUGAUUCUGAAUGCUUCAGUGAAACCCUUAGCAUAAACAAAGAGGAGGAGACAUCUGUGGCCACAUUUAAUAGUUUCUCAGAAAAAGAACCUCUUUAUACUGACAAAAUGAUCACUUGCAAACAAGAUACAUGGUCAAGUCAGCAGACCUGUUUUUCAAAGUGGAAGCGUGAUGGUGAGGGAAAAUACUCUAAUUACAAGUUUAGGACCCCAGGCAGGAAGUUUAGGUAUGAACCAAGAUGGAGAUUUUCAUGGCAUAGGGGUGAAAGUAAUUUCAUUAGACAUGAAAACAACAAUGGCCAAAUGAAAAAACAGCUAGCCCCUAAAUACUCGUUUGAUGAAGGCUACUACCAGGAACCCUGUUCCUAUUAUCUAUUAGAGGAUGUUACAAGAAAGAGGAUGAGGUUUAGUGAUAGUAUGUUUGACCAGCAAGUGAACUACGGGCCCUUUCAGGUGCCUGUAGCAUCAUCAAUAAGUGCUAGCUCUUUCUAUUUUGGUGAUUUUCGCAGAAGAAGGACUCCUUGGAAGUUAGAAUAUAACCAGAAUGCAAGAAAGUUUAGAGGAGCUAACUAUUUCAAGUUCAAUUCUAAUUAUAGCAGACAUAAUGAUCAAGAGUAUUUUGACUAUGGAAGCUAUUCAGGAAAUAACUAUACUGGUCCUUUAAAUUUUAAGUGUUUUUAUGGCCACUUAGGUCAAGAGUAUCCUUUUUCACAAUAAACAUGUUACAAGAAGAAAAUUUAAAACCAAAUAUAGCCAUAUAAUUAACAACUACAGAGCAAGAGAGCAGCAUUUAAAAGCUUCAAAACCUGGGUGUUUUAUAUUUCCAAAGCUUGCCAACACACCUGGAGCCAUUUUGACCUAUGCUUUAAAUUUUGGCAAGAGAAAUAAUGUUUUCUAUUUGACUCUGCUGAAGCUUUUAAAUGCUGCUUGAUCCAAGGACAGACAUUUCUACAGUUCAACUAAAAAUUUAAUUCUGUGCCAGUCAAGGAGCAGAUUAACAUUGAGAGGGGUUGAGAUGGCCCUCUGUGGUUUCUUAGCUAUUAUAACAUCAUCAUUUAGUAUCAUUUAUCUCCAAAGACGACAACAGUGUAUGAAGAACGAUCUUUUUACAUGUUCUUUGAUUUGGUCAGAAACACCAUAUGCAGCAACAAACUUUCCUGAGUUUUAUUUAGAAAUAAUUGUAGAUAAAAGAGAUAGCAGAACAUAGAUUUCUUCAUGACAUUAAAGAGUUGCAUGAGCACCUACCAAAAGAAAAUUGAUUUUAUUACUACAAUUAAAUACACAAAGAGUUGUCUUUUUCAAGACAAAGUCUUAGAAUAAGAAUAUAAAAGUGGUCCAGAUUGUCCUUUGAGGUUUAAGUGGAUAGUAUUUAAAUCCAUUAGCAGGGUUGGGUUUUUUUUUUGUUUUUGUUUUUUUUUUUAAGAAGACCAUGGCUUUCCAUUUUAGAAAAACAGCAGGAUUGAAAUGAUAUAACCAGUGGAAUUUGCAAAAGAAAAUAUUAAAAAAUUGUGAGGCACUAGUCAUGUCACUUGUGAAAAGACGGGAUGUGACAGUAUUCUAUUUCAGGUUAUGUAAUCCUUUCACUCAGGGCUUGGUGACCGCAGUUUGUAAAAAGUCAUUGAAUAUCCCCCAAACUGAACUUUAUUUUUUUUUAAACAACACCACCUAAGUAUUUAUUGGUCACAUUACUUAAGUCCAAAAGUAAAGUGGUCUUUGGAUAGGAUUUGAUCUGAGUUCUAGCUGUUUUUCUGUAAUUUUCCAUUCUAAAGAAUCACUAAAGCAAGAAUCUGGUCAAAUCCAAACUGAACUUUAUUAAGCAGUAACAAAUGCCUCUCUUCUCAAUCCUCAGUAAUGCCAUAGAGUUUUUAGAGUCAAGAGAAAAGCCUAUAGUUUUGUACCUGGGGAAAAAUGUAUAUGUGUAGAAUUUGUAAACUCUUAAGCAAUUGAUCCUUUUACCUACUAGUUUUUGACUUCAUAAAUAUUUUUAAAUUGAGAUAUUUUAUGGAUUCUGGAAGACUUACAUCUUAGUGCAGUGCAGGUUCCAUAGAAAGCUCAGCUGAUUCAUUCUGCCUUACCAUGCAUUUAGGACCCCAGGGGCAAUAGAUUACCUUUUUUUUUCUCCAACAAAACUAUGCCUGACCUGGUAGUUGAAGACAUUAAUGACAUUAGAGACUGUCAGCAACAGGAAAAAGUGAUUUUUAAUCCACAGAAGCAGUAAAGGGCAAAACUUUGAUAUGACAUGAUUCAUUCAAACACUCUUCAUCUGAUAUUAUGUAGAAAAGUACCAGCUGGAAUAUCCAGGUAGAAUGCCAGUCAUUGUGGUUGCCCAGAAUAUCACAAUGUGUACUCAUAACCAGCCUCUUGAGCAACCUGGUAUGUGAAAGGGCUACGAAGUCUUAUUUAUCUUAAGGAAGAGCCACAGUUUCAUCGAUGUCUUCUAAUCAGAGCUGUUAGUACAUGCAAGAACUCAGAAAUGAAUAUACCAUAGCAGAUGAUGUUUAUUAUUAAUAACCAGUGGAUGAUGUAUUGGCUCCCUUGUGUUGUUUCACUUUCAAGCCAGUUACUCUUCCAUCAAAACUAGAUUUGGCUUGUCAAAUCUGAAAAACAUUGCUCAUGGGGCAAGUGCCUUGAUUGUUAAUAUUCAAAGUACUGUACAGAGUAGCCUUUUAAACUACUAACAGCUUGUAUUUUGUCAGGCAACUUUCAGUAAACCAGGUAUUAUUUUCCUUUGACAGAAACCUGCCUCUUAAUUUUUCAUGUUUCAUGCCAUUAAAGAAUAUUACAAGAUUGUAAUGAGAAACAGCUAUGCUUGUUUUGAAAGAUCUCUCUCUUCUGUCACUUGACUUUUCAUUGUAGAGUUUUUAGACGUGAAAACAGUUUGCUGCUCAGUAGUCAGACAUAAAAAUAAAUUGUAGGUUACAUGAUGUGCAAUUUUUAUGUGUAAUAAAACCGGUGCUAAGUCAUUUCUAUAUAACAUUUUUGUCUUGUUUGUUAAAUCAUCCUGGGACUUAGAAGAAAGUAAAAAUACUGGUUUUAUGUUUACAUUCUGUAUAACCCUAGAUUUUUAUAUGUCUUAUGGUGAUAUAUUCUAAAUUCGAGCCAACUUUUUUGAUGUGUAGGCCUUAAAUGAGGAAGAUGACAUCCUGUACUUUUUAAUUGAUUGGCUUAGGAGCAAAACAGAACUAAAAUAUUAUAACCACCUUCUUAAUUAAAGGUGUUAUUCUUUGUUUUGCUAAGUGGUGCAAAAGUAUUUUCUCGCAUCUUCUUUUAUGUCCUAUUCUAUGUCCCUGUGCCCUAAAGUUCAUAGGGAUGUGAACUUUAAACUUUGUGUUUUAAGUAGGUAUUUUCAUGUAUGGGCUGCUGGUAGUAAUGUAAAAAAGCUAAAAAUAUGUCAAUGUGUUUUCAGUGUGUUUAAAUUUCUCAGGUAGAAAGCCAUGUAACCUGGUAAUUUUGAAAAUAAGAACCAAAUAAACAUAUUUUUACUUAUU